UUGUUUCCGGGGCGGUCGGAGGAGUAGGACUCCGAUGGGUCGUAGCCGUAGCCGCUCCCCGCGGAGGGAGCGUAGGCGAUCCCGGUCCACAUCCCGGGAUCGAGAAAGAAGGCGCCGAGAAAGGUCCAGGUCCCGGGAGAGGGAUCGCAGAAGGAGCCGCUCAAGAUCCCCACACCGAAGACGCUCCAGGUCUCCAAGGCGUCAUAGGUCCACAUCUCCUUCCCCUUCUCGACUGAAAGAAAGAAGAGAUGAAGAGAAGAAAGAAACUAAAGAAAUAAAGAGCAAAGAACGUCAGAUUACUGAGGAAGAUUUGGAGGGUAAAACAGAGGAAGAAAUAGAAAUGAUGAAAUUAAUGGGAUUUGCCUCUUUUGACUCCACAAAAGGGAAGAAGGUAGAUGGUUCUGUAAAUGCCUAUGCCAUAAACGUGUCUCAGAAGAGGAAAUACAGGCAGUACAUGAAUCGGAAAGGCGGAUUCAACAGACCUCUGGAUUUUAUUGCAUAAGACUUGAGGUGUUGGAGGAUUUCCUCCCGCUCAUCUGGGUCAGAGAGUAUUUUAUAUUUUGUAUUUCAUACACCUCAAAACAGGAUCUUGGUUCUUCCCUCUUGUAAAGUAAGAAAGUGUUAUUUAUGACCCUGGUGUACCUGUUUCCUCAGGAGGUAGCGCAGUUGCUGUGGUCCUGCAGUGCUCACAGCCCGUUUGUCUUGCUCCUUUGACUCUGUAUGUGCUUUCUUCCUGGAUGCUGUUAGGAGUUCUUAAAAACUGAAAGUGACUUAGAUGUGAGUUUCUUCAAUAAAACAGUAUUUCUACCCAUUUUAAUUUAUUUGACAAGUACCUUUAUUGCUAGAUUAAAGAGUCUCUCUGAA